AUGUCGGCCUACUCCAACGCUUCCUCGUCGGCUCCCAAGACACCCACCUCGUCCUACCGUCCAUCCUACGCCAUGGUCGCCUCGCCCGAGUACACCGCAUCGUAUCAGUCGAAAACACCGCAGCAUCACGGCAAUACCUCGGGGCGCUACACAUCGGCGACGCCCGGCUCGGUGCAGCGAGGCCAUCAUGCGAACGCUUCGAUGUCGGCCAUGACGCCCGUCACUCCCAUCACGCGGUCCUUCCACGGGGCAGAGAACGGAGGCGCGGGCGACAUGGACUUUGACGACUUGUCGCCUAUCCGGCCCUCGGCAGGCGGCCAGCUCUAUCCCUCGCUCCCGACCACCACGCCCACUGUCGACCUCAGAUACAAGCACCUCCUCGGCAACUCGCCGGCGCAGCCUGCAGCAGCACGCGGGGCAGCACCUCCCGCCUUUAGUUCGCUCUAUCCUUCAUCUUCAUCGUAUUCAUCGUCUGCCUUACUCGAAGUAUUCUUCGUCCGUCGGACCGUCAUCUACUACCACUUUUGUUUCUUCUUCUGCGCCGACCUACUCUUCUUCCUCUUAUGCUUCUUCUCUCCCGGCUCUCUCGUCCACAUCGACGGCCUGGCGCCCACAUCCUCGUCGUCAUCCAAAGCUCUGCCUCCUGCUUCGCUCAUUCCGACAGUUACCGAGCAGGAGUAUAACGGCUGUGCCGGCUUCCUAAGAGGCCAGAUAUCGUUGCAGCAGCUCAACGAAGCCAUCGAAAAGAUGGGAGCCUUCUGUGCCGCCAACUCGCUCCCGCAUCUGAGCGAAGAUCAGCUGCGCAACGACCUGGGUCUAGGGAGCAAGUGCAAGGCGGCCAUCCUGUUCCUCCUCCAGCUCAAGCGCAUCACAUCGCAGUUCCACUCGGGCGCCUCAGUCUACGUGCCCACCUAA